GUCUUCUUUCACCGCCACCAUGUCCUCCGAAUUGUAAUCUCUUCCUCAUCCCUAUGAACGCCCCAGAACCUUCAGUCAGCUAUUUCUCAGUGUAUUCUAGCAGCUAAUACAUCCCAGGAGUUGCUAUAUUCAUUGCCGAAUGCCAAAGAGUCCUGGAAAAGUCAAGGAGCACUUUCUCUUUGCUUUUCAAACCGACAUUCACCAAAACAAUAUAUUACGGAUGCAGCAAGUCAUUAAUCUGGAUUCUGUUCUGUUCAUCGUCGUGACGUCUUUCAGCGGGCACGGAACAAAUUUAGACUGCCACGCUGCAGUGCAUGCACAGGGAAUCCCUCGUAUCAUCCAUAUCAGUACCAGAGUCGACCAGGAGAUCGCACCUGGUACAGGGAACAAGCAUAAAGUUGAGAGAUUGGCAGCAAAAGUGUGAACUAUAAGCAAAAACGUGUAUUAUAAUGACAUGUAAACCAUUAUCUG